CUGGAGUUUCAUUAGUGUCAACUAGAUUAUCAUCGCUCAUCUCCAUCAUCAACUUGCUUGUUCACCAGGAUAUGUAUAUUCUCUACGAUAAGAAGAAUACUCCAGAAGAUAUUUCAUAUAUUCAAAUGCCUCCCGUCUCAGCUCAAGAAACCACCACCAUGUCUCUCAGAUUCAACAACUUCACCGACGGUGAGACGGUUCACCAGCGCUGUGUAAUCAUCAAGGGAACAUACACGGCCAGCUCCAACACCAGCGAUGACUUCGCAACAGUAGAAGCCAACGACGGCACCAACACAACCUUCCCGACCCAAACCUGGCCCAUCGCAGACAACAGGAUCAAAAUCAUCGCCCUCCUCUCCCCGGGCCUCAACAAACUCACCAUCACCCGCACAUCCGGCACCCAAAACAUCACCGAGGAGCUGAACCUGACAUACAUCCCCCUUCUCCAAUCACCCCCCCUCCACCUCGCCAUCAUGGUCGCAAAGGAUUCCCCCCUCCUCAUCGACUGUCCGCCUCUGAAGCACGGCGCCUUCUCCACAGCGCAUUCCUCCCUUGACGCCGCCAUCGCCAAGCUUCGCAUGUCUGCGUACAUGUGGCAAGCUCUCACCGCAGAGGACAUGCGAACCAAGGGUCUCGGCCGACGCUCUUUCAGGCUUGAGGAAGAAUGGGCCGUCGAUACGACAAGUCGCGAAUUUCUGAAUGGGCUGCACGAGGCUGCUCUCUUUGACAGCGGCGCCAUGCGCUCUACUGCCAAGGUUCAUGUCGUUCGAUCGGAGAGAACUACGGCGGAGAUUCGUGACGCGGAGGUUGCGCAGCAGAAUGAAGACGCAAGGUCAAGAGAUGGGUUGUUUGACUACUUUUUGGAGGCGCUUGCGGCUCAGGGUUCUCCUUUUGAAGCUUCGGCGCAUCCGGUUGUCGCGGGUAUGAUUCUUGAUUCGCACUUUUCUGUGAGCAAGAAGCUUAUUCUAGGUCACGCCGCACUGGGAUGCCACAACUCGACUGGUGUGUCCCUCGGCAUGAUGGGUAGUCACCUGGCGUACUCAUGGCCCCGAUUCCUCGAAGAAGUCUCAGACUGUCUCCUCGAUACUCGCGCCCCGGGGAACACAGUCGGCGACGACAACGGAGAGUGCGGGACGUUCUGGGAGGCUUGUUCGAUCGGGCAGGGCGCGUUCUUGCAUGAAGUCGGACAUGCUUUUGGGGCUCCGCAUACGACUGGUAUCAUGGCGCGCGGGUACUCGGGUCACUGGCCUCGGAACUUUCUGGUUAAGACUGCGUACUCCCAGAGCAUCAACAAGGAGGGUUUGGUUGUCGUUGAUGGUCAGACGGAGAACGAUGCUAGGUGGGAUCUACGGGAUGCCCUGUCCUUCCGGUCUCUCAACCACUUCUGGCUGCCCGGCGAUACCAGACUAUCGGCGGCGCAGCGAUCAAGUGCCCCGACUGUCUCUCUCAUCAAUAUCGAGACCGAAGAUGUCGGGGUGGAGAUUGCCUGCGCCGCUAACCUCGCCCGCAUGGAGUUCAACGACAAGCCCGAACUUCUUCCACCCAUGGAUUGCCCGGCCCGGAAGGUCUCCUACACCCUCAAGGAACUCGAAGCCCGCUUCUCCCGCGACGAGAGCCUGAAGCUCUACGUGCUCGGCAUGAACGGUAAGACAAAGACAAUGCGCGAUCUCUGGCGCCUCUUCUCAUCUACCACGUACAUCCGUAUUCCCGGGUCAGAAGUCCUCCUACGCAAGCGAUCCGUCGUGACUAAGGAUAUUGAGGAGUCAAUCGAUGACGGCGAGGGUGAAAAGUUCUGGUCGUGGGCGACGCUUCUUACUCGGCGUAAGAGUGAUGGGUCUGUUGUGCGUGCUAAGUCGGUUGAUGUGCGGACUGGAUGUAUCCUCGACGGCGCGUAUGUGCAUUUCCCCGGCGGCGAUCGUGUCAACUGUGGUCCGCGGAUCAGGAAGUGGGGUGGUGGUGAACACACGUUUGGGGGACAUGCUUCUGAGGAGGUUCAGAUCCCCAAGGGUGCCGAGAUUGUUAAGAUUGAGGUGUCUAGGGAGGAGGAUACCCUUCGCGGUAUGAGGAUUCAUCUGAGUGAUGGCUCGUCUGGUGGUGCUUUGACAGGAUACGGGGAUGUCCCCGAGACCUCGACUCUUGAAGCGCAAGCAGACGAGCGUAUUGUCGGGUUCUAUGGACGUAGCUGGUGGGGUAGCAACUUUGACGGCUUGGUUGAGUUUGGUAUUAUCACUGCGCCCAAGGACUUUGAGCUGCCGGCGGUUGUGUACGGAAUGAAGGAGCUUCAAAACAAGGAAGGGGGACUCGGGGUAUGAAUACUCUGCCACUGCGUGAGCUCGUUGGACAUAGGCAACUAACGUCUUUUAGGGUGAAGCCGAUUUUGAGAGUGGGGAUGAGGAGAUGAACGACGAGGAGUAGAUGGCCACGGCUUGCGGUUGUUAAGACGGAACCAGCUUUGGAUUUCCGUACUGAUGUUAUAUCAAGGAUUGAGAUAGUUCAAAAGUGUUUCUUUAUUGUUCGCGUGAAAGGCUCAGUCACGGCUUACCCUUGCUGUUAUCUCUACCCUUGACACGAUCUGCU